AUGGAUCCCCAUUCUCGACUGAACCAGUUCAACCACCGAACUCCGAAAUCUGGGCCUCCGAAUUCCCGUUUCAUGGAGGCGCCACUACCAAAGCCGACCCUCGCCACUUUCCCUGGCAAGCAACCAAGAAAAUCCUCUGCGACUACCGCCUCAUCCUCGUCCUCGUCUUCCUCGCUGUUGCUCGUUCGUCGGCCAAUCGCGACCAACUCACGCGUCAAGCAGGAUGAAAAAUACCGCAAUGAGAUGUAUCUGUCUUUCAUCACCAGUGCUCUGCAGGAAAAGGCCAAAGGACGGAGCGAACGAUUUGAUGACCUUGUCAAUCAAUUCAAUCCAAAGGCUGCUGCUCAGACGUCGGCCCAGCUGCGCGCAUGGAUCCUGACACUUUCCCAUGUCGUUUCUCGCCUUGAGCGUGUCCAUUAUGCUCUGAUAGAGGCCAUCGUCCGCAUGCCAUGGACCAUUUUGGAUAUCGCUACGGUUAAGUCGUACACCAUCUUCAUUGGAAUGUUGCUCUCUGCGAGACCCGAGUACCUUUCGCUCGUCCUGGGCAUGAUUGCUCAAGGUUUUACCUAUCAGUCUUGUGCUCAAGCCCUCGAUGCAUCCACAGUGUCUGGUCCAGUCACCCGUCGUACUGUUUAUGACAGACUUCAUUACCUUCUUAAACAUAUAUUGUCACUUAUACCAACGCUUCCAUCGACCCUGAUGCCCCUCCUAUCCCGCAAUUUUCCCCACAAGCGGCAAAACAUAGCGUCACAGUCUACCUAUAUUCGCAAUUUGUUGAGAGUCUGCGACUAUUGCCCCGAACUGUCUGACAAGAUUCUCGGGACAAUCAUCGAUCGCGCCAUUCAGAUAGAUGUCGAGAUUCAAGUCGAGCUUGAGGAACUAGAAGAUGCGGAAGCGGAACAAGAUCAAGAAGUCUUCGAGUUGGAUCCGUUUGACGUCUUAAUAGGACAAGAAGGUGAUGAUUCGGAUACGGAUUCAGAAGACGGCGAUGACUUCAGCGACCUUUCGUCUGAUGCUGGGGGUGAUAUUGACCUUGAUAACAAUGGCCAGCCUGAGGCCACCAUCACAAAUGUUCGACAUAUCCAAAAUAUGGUAAAGAAGCUGGACACCAUACUGACACUCACGUUUGAAUAUUUUGACCGGAGCCAAUCUUCGACACCUAAACCACCGUCUCCAUCUCCACCGGAACCACUACCUGCACUAGAUCUCCCACCGUUACCUCCUAUCCCAGCGCUCCAUAUUACAUUCAAUACCCUCCUCGCGAUCUUUGACCGCACAAUCCUCCUUACGUUCAAGUCCCGCUACACACAGUUUCUCCUCUUCUGGUAUACCUCCUUAGAUCCAGACUUUGCUGAUAUCUUCCUUGGUAUGCUCAUUGACCGCUCCCUGAUCAAUCCGUCCACCCCAACCGUUACACGCGCAGCCGCUGCGUCUUACAUUGGCAGCUUUGUUAGUCGAGCGCGGUUUGUGGACCGUGAGGGCGUGCGAACAGUCCUCAGAGUUCUAUGUGAUUUUCUUGCCUCACAUUUGGACAACAUAGAUCAUGCAGACGGCGUGGAAUCAGCGCAGAACAGCGUGUUCUAUGCUGUUUCGCAGAGCCUCUUUUUGGUAUUUUGUUUCCGGUGGAGAGAUAUGCAGGAGGAAGAAGACGAAGAUCUUGCGAAGGCCGAGGGAAAGAAGUGGAUGCGGGAGCUGAGUGUGGUACAUCGAGUAGUGAAUUCACCUUUAAAUCCUCUCAAGGUGUGCUCGCCAAACGUCGCGAUGCAAUUUGCUCAUGUGGCCAACACCGUCGGGUUCAUGUACUGCUACACUGUGCUAGAGUCAAAUAAACGCCAAAAUGCCUUGGCUGCGACCGCUCCAAACCGUAUAUUCACCACUGCUACUGUUAAUGCUGAGCUCAACACGUUCUUCCCGUUUGAUCCGUACAAACUUCCGCGGUCGGGCGUGUAUAUCGAAGGUAUCUACCGGGAGUGGAGUGAAGUGGCUAUUGAUGAAGACGAAGACGACGAGGACGAGGACGAAGGAGGCGAAGUUGAAGAUGAGAUGAGAGAUAUGUUUGAUGAGGGUGGGAUUCCUGUUGUUCAAAAAACGGAGAACGAGGAGGAUCCAGCUACGAAGGGUCUAGGAGAGUCCUUGGGUGCGAUGAGUAUCAGCCCAAUGAGGCCGAGAAUUGGGAUUUAA